GCCAGGGCUCUUCGGAGUGCUCGGGGCUGGAGGCUCUUUGCGACAGACAGCAGCUCCUCACGGAGUGGGUCAAGGAGACUGGUCUCCCCAAGCCCAAGCUUGAGGCACAGGGCAGUGAUGCUUUGCUGAAGACUCAAUUUCGCUUUUGCUCCAAAGGCGAGUUGGGUUUUAUCAAUGCUAAGUACAUUGUUAGUGCCCUCCCGGAGCUGGAGGAGAAACCGUUCAAGACCAGACGCAAAGUGACUGUGGACGGUUGGGACAAGGAAGAAGAGGAAGAGGAGCGCAAACUCCCGACGACUCGGAGACACCUGGAUCGGAUGCACAGGGUUUUCCGGAACAAUUUGUCCAUGUGCUUGCUUGCUUUCCCUCAGUUCUCCCAGUUUGACGUGUCUAAGCAUGAUCUUGAUGACUGGUAUGACUGGUUCUGGGGACCUGACAUCGCAGGCCGAACCCCUACUCCUUCGGAGAAGACUCUGCUCUAUGCAGAACGUAAUGCAUGGCGGUCCAUUCACAACCGUGUAUUCGAAGGCAAAUCGCUCAAGGAAGCGAUGUUGGAGAUCCGUGCUGAUGCUCUUUUCUGGACGCGUGAGGUCUAUGAAAGAGCUCCGGGAAAGGGCCCCUGGAAAGGCAAGCAGCCUUGGCCUGCCUACCAGCCUGUCUUCCAACCUUUCCUUAAGCAGAAUGGAAAAGGGAAGGACACGCCUGGUAAGAAGGGCGAUCACAAAGGCAAGGGAAAGGAUUCCUGGCCCCAGAAUAAGUCCAGGAACAAGUCGAAGGGCGCUCCCUUCUGCCGCGACUACCACAUCAAGAAGCAGUGUGCAGGCAACUGUGGCCGCUCCCACAACUGCCCCGUGACCAAGGACGGAUGGGUGUGUAAUGCCCCUCCGCACGAGCACAGCCCAGACAACUGCCCGUAUAAGUGA